CCCUGUCCCCGUGUCCCCCCCGUGUCCCCGCGGGGAUAAGAAGCCCCACGGGUGCCGCUCCCCCCACCCGCCAUGGCGGCCCCGGGGGGCACCGAGCGCGGCGCGGGGGGGUCCCCUGACGGGGGGUCCCCCGAACAAAGGGGGUCCCCGGAACAGGAGGGGUUCUUCUCGCUGCUGAGCUCCGUGCAGGGAACGCGCAUGGACGAGCAGCGCUGCAGCCUCGGCGGGAGCGCCGGCGCGGCGCCGCCCCCCGAGCUGGCCCCGCUGCUGGACAUGGUGGCGAACUCGCAGCGCCGCAGGAUGGACGAGCAGCGGCUGCCGGUGCCGCGCCUGCCCGGCUUCGGACCGGGGGGCGCGCAGGACUGAAACUCCCAGACCCACCCCGGAGACCCCAGACCCACCCAGGACUGCCACG